AUGGUGGGGCUGCUGCUGUUGAUGGUAGCCGGUCUAACGACGUCCACCAUUGCCUAUAACGGCGAAUUGGUGGAGCAAGAGUGCCCGGUGGACUGUCACUGUCAUUAUUUUCGCAUCAACUGGGUAACCGACUGUUCUGAGAGCAAUUUGACGAGCAUCCCUUACGACGAGCUCAGCCCAAAUGUCUACAUCCUGGACAUGAAUGGCAACAACAUCGCGCGGGUCCUGCCGUUUCCGAGUUCAAUCAAGCUGAGGCGUCUACAGAUGGCUCACAAUCGAUUGACCGAGCUCAAAUACGAGUCGUUCGCCGAGCUGACUUACCUGCUCGAGGCGGAUUUCUCGUCGAACGCGAUCACUCGCGUCGAUCCCGAGGCGUUCAGGGAUAACCCGGGUCUAAUCACGCUGGAGCUACAGAACAACCCGUUGGACGAGGUCGAGGGUCACUUCUUGAACUGUCGGACCUUGCUCUACCUCGAUCUGAACUCGUGCGGUAUCCGCCGGCUGAACACGCAAUUCUUCCACAACACGACGAACCUGAACAAGCUCGAUCUGUCCCACAAUCCGUUGGACAGAAUCGAGCCGGGUCCGUUCGACCAUCUGACCAAUCUCGAGUAUCUGAAGCUAAACUCCUGCAAUCUGACGCACGUGUCCUCGGACGCGUUCGCCCAUCUGGAGAAUCUACGGGAACUCGAGAUGUCGGGAAACGAUCUCCGUACUGUCAGUUGGACCACCAUGCUCGCUCCGUUGAUCCGUCUGGAGCACCUGGACAUCCGUAAAACGGGCAUCACCAAUCUACCCGGUGACGCUUUCGCGAAGAAUCUCUAUCUUCGUCAGCUGGUCUUAGCUGACAACGAGCUAUGGCAUCUGGACGUCGGCAACACUCUGGGUCACAAUCUGCACAGCCUCCAAUCCCUGGAUCUAUCGAACUGCAACCUCCAGGAUCGACUAUCCGAAGAAGCGUUCCGUAACGCGAGCAAACUUCGUGUUCUGAACCUAAGCGGCAAUCCCAUGUUCGCGGCCGACUUCACCGCCGUGCUGCGUCAUCUGCCAAAACUGCACAAGCUCUCGCUGAGCAACUGCAGCCUAAGACGUUUACCGAACGCGUUCGACGCAUUCGAGCACCUGGAGGAGCUCGACAUCUCGCACAAUCCAUUGUCAGACGCGUUCGUCAGCCUGCUACGGAAUAAACUUCACACAUUGGAGGAAGGUCUGUUCGCCAAUCUGACACGACUGGAGACUUUGGAAUUGAACAACUGCGAUCUGAAGACUCCCAUUGAUCCGAAGGUGUUCGGCGAUCGCGUGAACACGGACAUAAUCGAGCUGAAGCUCAGUGGGAAUCCGCUUGAGGUACCCGCGGACGGUGCACUUCUACCGACGCAGCUGUCGAAUCUGGAACUUCUCGAUCUCAGCAGUUGCGAUCUGUUGCAUCUGAACAAGAAUCUGUUCGCCAAUACCAAACGCAUCACCCAGCUGAAUCUCUCGGGCAAUAAUAUCUCCGGCUCGGAGAAUCUCGCCUGUCUGAAGAAGCUACAGAGCCUGGAGCACUUGGAUCUCAGCAACAACAACCUGGGCACCAUCAACCCGAAGGCAUUCAAGGCGAAUCCGCGUCUGGUGUCGGUCAACCUGUUGGGCAAUCCGUUUGUUUGCAACUGCUCGAUAGCUGACAUGUGGGACUGGGCGGUCCAGGUUAAGAACGAUCUACACGUGCUUGUAGGCAGCCAGCCGGCAAGCUUCGAGGCUGGAGCCGUGAAAUUACGAAAGAGUCUAACCUGCACGUACGACGAGGAGACGUAUCGGAACAUUGUCGACCAGGCGACCAGCAACGAUCAACGACGAUUACGGAAAGGCGACAUGACCCCGACGCGCACCUGGGCAAAAUACGUUCGUGAGUCUAGUUGCCCUCGUAGCUCAUGAUAUAGAGCGAAGAAAUUUCAACAUCCCCUGUUGCAUCCCUAUCACGACAAUGUACGCGGACACGGAGCCGAGCUCUAAAGGCACAUUUUCAUGUGACA